CCGUAUCUUAUUUGUAGCAUGAUGACCGCUUACUAGCCUUUUAGCUAGCUGCAGUCACGUAAACGAGACAGUCAUUUAACAAAAAUAUGAACGUUCGUUAGGCAUUAAUAGUGAAUUACCUGAGGACGAGAAUGAGUCGACGAAAUAAUCACUCGUUUUAUGAUUCUGGACCGCCGAAUACAUACACUGCUCAUGGAAGGUAGGCUAGCUAACGUCAUAGCCAUUGUAGCCAGCAAGCUAGCUAGUAGCUAACUGUUUACUAGCUGCUAGCUAUUAGUUGAGAGUUGUUAGCUAGCUAAUCUAAGAAUGUAAUGUAGUUGAUGAUAAACAUACAGAUAGUUUGCUGUUUUUUUGUUGAAAAUACAAAAGUAUGUCAAGAAAAUAAUUCAUGCGAUAAAUUCACGUUAGCUUCUCAGUUAGCUAUUAAUGUGUUGUGUUUGAGUAGAUCAGUCUUAAUCUCUUUUCUUUAUUCGAGUACAGCAUCACACCAACCCAGCGAAGUACAGGUAGGUCAUUUUACCUUUGGCCCAAUAUUUGUAAAACCUGUCUGAUAGGGAUAGGAAACCCAUUCCUUACAUUCUAUUUUUGUUUUUCAUUUCAAUGAACAAAGCUUAUUUUAUUCCACAUAGAAACAACCCAUGUUUAUACUCACCACACAAGGCACUCGACCGUAAGCCCAGCAUCCUACAACUCUCAGCAAACAAGCAACUCAGAAAAGUAAGAUAUGCAGUUUUGCUUUUGAUUUAUCCAUUCUAAAUGUAUCAAGCAGAGUAUUUCCCAUAAAAUGUGAUUUAGACUUGUUUGGAACAUAGCUUUGUACGUUAUAUGGCUAUUGAAGGGAUGUAGCUCAGUUGGUAGAGCAUGGCGUUGGCAAUGCCAGGGUUGUGGGUUCAAUUCCCACGGGGGGCCAGUAUGAAAAAUAAAUAAAUAAUGUAAGUCGCUCUGGAUAAGAGCGUCUGCUAAAUUACUUAAAUGUAAAUGUAAAUGUUGAAGACAUGGCCAAGUCCUAGUGUAAGGUUUCCAAUAGCCACAAAGUCAGUUUCCACAGCCACAAAAGUCAAAAUUAGCUUUUUGGUCUUACUUUAAGGUUAGGGUUAGGCAUAAGUUUAGCAUUGUUGUUACGUUAGAUUUAGGUUUAAAAUCACAUUUUAACAAGAUCAAUUGUAGAACUGGGCAGGGUUUAUGACUUUGUGGCUAUAGAAGCUAGUGAUGUGGAAGGCCUGCUUAAAAAUUACACCAUAGAAAUGUGGAUUGCACAAGACCUGGCUGAAAUGCUCUUGUUUUUUCCUCCAGAGCCGAGCUCUACGACCCGUAUGAUCCUGAUCCUGGCUCAUCAUCAGACUCUGAAGUGGAGCCUUCCAAAGGCAGGGAAGACCAUCACAGACACAGAGUUAGUGGAGGGAGCAGCCGCCUGAGUAGUGGAUAUCAAGGCUCCGCUUCAGGAGCUGGACAUAGUGACGGCUUCAACUGGGAUUUGUUAUACUCUCGGCCUGGUACAAGACAUGAAGAGUCGAGCCAUGGCAUCAGACAUGAGCAGUCGAGCCAUGGCUCCAGACCUGACCAGUCCAGCCAUGGCUCCAGACCUGACCAGUCCAGCCAUGACCACUCAGAACGGUCAUUGCCCACGACAGAAACCCCACCAUUCCCCCUCAAUGCAUAUUGGGGGCAGGGGGAAAAUGGGAGAGAAAUGUCCACAACCGCAGUACUUGACAAAGAGGUAAGAGGUUCACCGAAGUCAGGUUAUUAUUUGGGGGGAAAGGUCAAAAGAUGUUGCUGAGGCUUGCACUGGUGCAGCGUUGUAAUGGUGAUGUUUCUCUGUUCUUUGCAGACAAGAAAUCCACCAGGGUUUACCCGGUCCCACUGGGAUACCAACCCCAAUCAUCGCCAAUCAGAAUCUAGUGGAAGAGGUAGGAUUGUAACUGUGUUGUUUUGCUAAUGGUCUGGCAGAGUUGUGAAGAGAGAGAGAAAGUGUGUGAUUGUUAAGUCCUAUUCCAGUCUCCUGGAGGGGGGGGGGGGGGUUCUCUAUUGCUCCUCUAUUGUUCCUCAAGCAAGGGGAGGCCGAUGACUUCACAAAGUCACCAUCUGACCAACUCAUUGAAUGUCCUACUCCUUGAAGUUUGCAGGUGUCUAAAAAAAACACACAAUUUUACUCAAAUCACUGGAGGACGUCUUUAAAUGUCCAUUUUUAGGAGGGGACCAAACCAAGUCUCCCCCAGAGGUCACGAAGAAGAGAAGCAGAAGCCCAAAUGAGGACAUACCAAGGUAAAGACAUUAUUGGAGGAACCAUCAUCUGACUUAUCAUGUUUUUUUUGCAAGGACCUCUUUACUAAAAUGCACAAUAAUAUUGACACACACCAUUAUAUGUGUGUAUAUAUAUAUAUAUUUAUAUUCUGGUCUCUGACAGACUUUUCUGAUAUUUAAAAUUUUUCUGGAUUAUGUGUAUAAUGCUUUUAUAAUUUUUUUUAUUGCUAGGUAUUACUGCACUGCUGGAGCUAGAAACACAAGCAUUUCGCUGCACCUGCGAUAACAUCUGCAAAACUGUGUACGCGACCAAUAAACGUUGAUUUGAGUUGACACAGAUUUAAGACCCCUUCUAUUGUCUUUUCAGUGAUUUUUUCACCUGUGACAUGUGUAACUUGGAUUUCCAUAAAGCGAGUGUCCUUGAGGUGCAUCUGAAGUGCAAUAGUCACUGGGAGACCCUGGAGCACAUCCAAAAUCAAAACAACUACGACGACACGGCAAUCGCAUUUUUACAUGUACGUCAAGCAAAAACAUUCUCUCUCAGAUGGAAUGAAAUGUGAGAUUAUCAAUCUGUAUGACGAUUAAGGGAAAUUUAUUUUUCUUUACGUUUCAGGAGGCCAUGUUAACCAAAGUCCGGCAAGGUGAUAGACCGCAGAUGAACAGACAAAGCCUUAGAGGUAGUUUAAUGUGCAAAGCCUGUGGCCUAUCGGUAACGCUCCUGGCUAGUCACAUAUACUGUUCCCCACCAGAUUCAUUCCCGCGUCCAUCCCUCAUACUAUUCUCCCCCUCUGUGUCCAACUGUGAAAAUAAAGUGAAGAAUGUAAUUAGAAGAUAUAUAUUUUUUAAAGGUGGCUAAAUUUAAACUCCCCAAUGUUUAGGUAUUUUUUCUUUCCUCAAUAGAAACGAAACCUAUUGAUUCUAAAUGCACUUGUAUGAUUUGGAGAACAUCACUACCAGGUGUCAUUAAGCCUACAUGUGAUUUGACGUCUAUAUCUCACCCCUAUCAUUUGCAGCGUUGCAGGACAAGGAUUACAUGACAAAGGUAGAUAUUUUCCACUGUGCUCCUUGCCAAGUCUACGUCUCCGUACAUCCAUCGUCACUGCAGGAUCACCUGAGCUCCAAAGACCACCUGAGGAACAAAAUGGUAAGGCAGCCAUUCUGCUGCUACAGCAGUUAUCACACCUCAGAUAAUCAGUGAAUAAUGGAACACAUGAUACAUCUUUAAAAAGCAAUGGUCACUCACUGAUAUUGUUUUGGAAGUCAUUGUAGUGUUAGCUGGGAUGCAACAUGAAGUUGGCCAAAUUGGCCGAUUGUGUUGUUUGAUUUUGAAUUUUGUCUCAAUUCUUUAAAGAAACAAACAUCAAAGCGAUAGAUGAUACAUUAUUUUCUUGAAAUCUGUUGUUCUUUCACUGCAACAGACAAGUGGGUGUGCUUACUAUUUCAUGUUUAUAUGACUUUUUACUGAAGGAAUUUAGAACGAAACAAUUGCGGGAAAGUGUGAACUUCGCGAAGGCCACCAUGAAACGAAUGAAGACUGAGUAUGCAAGCUUCUGUGAGGUAAACAAUCUGAACAGGCAUUUUGCUAUACAUUAAACUAAUGCUAUGAAUCUGUGAGGAAUUACACCAUAAUCUGUAAAAUACCAAAGUUUUGUAUUACUUUUUAAAGUCUGUUAAUUCUAUAAAACUGUAGACAAAAACACAUUUAAAUUGAAUGGAAUUGACAAAUAAUUGGUUGUAUUUCAGGGCAAGGAUCCUUUUGAACAGUCAUCAUGAGGGCCAUGAAGAAUAGGCAAACAGUUGAUGCUAACUGCUAGCUAGUGGCUAUGGACAACUAUGGACAGCCAACAACCACCUAUUAAAACCAACUAGACAAAGACCAAAUGGACAUAGUCUGUGCCCUGAGCGUUGAUGUUCAGUCUUAUGUACCUCUAAACUAAUACAGAAUAAUCUAAACUAAUACAGAAUAAUCUUAACUAAUACAGAAUACCUGUUUUCCUUGAGUGUGGAGCAUCCAUUAGCUAGAUAUCACGUAGUUGAGAACUUGUAGUCAUUUUGUGUUUGAUGUAGACAUUUCUUCACGUAAGAACAUCCAUCAGUAACUGUGGACCUUUUUAUUUUUCAGUUGGAAAUGGUUUUAAUUUCAAUAGAUAUUGAAGCACAUUUGCAAUGUUUUUCCCGCAAUUAUCAUUUGUCCAUAGAACUUCUGCUUCGAUUCAUUGUGAGAUUUAAGGUUUGAAAUACUGCUAUGUUUUGUUUCCUGGAGAAAUACGGUCUUUACAGGCUUUCCCCAACUUUGUAGUUUCUUACAAUCAUUAAAAAAGAAUAAUACCCAAAAAUAAAUGUUUAAAAAAAUA